UUUUUUUUUUUCAAUUUUAGAUUAUUCCUCUGGUGCAUGUUAUACAACAUGAGUUACAAAAACCUGCACCACAAGGAUCUGGUCUACAAGGCCUAAAAAAUGAUCUUCUGGCUUCACUGGUGCAAAGAUUCAAAGAUGUUGAAAGUGAUAAAACCCUUGCCAUGGCCACUCUUUUAGAUCCCAGGUUCAAGAGUAUUCCAUUUAGAGAUAGUAACAGUUUGCAUAAUGCAAAACAAAGACUUCUGCAUGAAGUUGAACAGUUGAAUAUUCACAAGGUUGGUGACUCUGAAUGUGAAACAUUACCAAACAAAACAUGCGCUGCAUACUCUGAUCCCAAAGAUAUUUGGUCCAAAUACUCUACAAUAUUUGAGCAGCAAGAAGAGGUAGCUGACAAAGUCGCUCAGUCUGAAAAGGAGAUUGAAAUGUACCUGAGUGAAAAAACACUGCCAGCACAAUCUUCCAUUGCAGAGUAUUGGAAGAAGAAUCAUAAAUUUCCUACCCUGUAUGAACUUGCAGUGAAGUACCUUUCCAUACCGCCUUCAACAGUCUUCAGUGAAAGGCUAUUCAGCACAAGUGGCCACAUUUGUGACACUAAAAGGAACAGGUUGGACCCUGAGCGUGUCAGGAUGCUCGUUUUCCUUAACAAGAACUUGAAGAGAAAAUAAUUUGUAUUACCACGUCUUAAAAUAUUUUUUUUUCUUAAGUAAGCUCUAGAUUAUGAGUUAC